AUGCAUGUUCCACGUCGGAACCCUAGCAUGCUUCUUGCGUUGUUUAUCACCGUCUUCAUCCUUCUGCAGGACAUUGCGCUAUGCGAACAACGCCUGCCCCCGCGGAAACAUGCCAGUGGCUUUGUUGGCCCUCCUUCGCAAGAGCGUUGCCGGCUACGAUAUUGGCUCCCUGACGCCAGUGUUGACCCUAACGUGGUCAAAGCCGAUAUCAGAUCCGCGGGCUCAGUAGGCGCAGGCGGGUUCGAAUUCCUCCCGUACUUCGAGUAUGGCGGAGAAGGCGCGGUGGGCCGGAUGCCGCCGGGCGCCAACUGGGACAAGUACAACUUCGGCACGCCUGCCUUCCAAGCUCUAUUCAAGGCCGCACUCGAAGCACAUGACGAGAAUGGGCUGUACAUGGAUUUUGCCAUUGGUCCUAACCAAGGGCAAGGUGUUCCCGCGCAUGUCACGGAUGACGGUCUUCAAUGGGAUCUGGUCCCUUUCACAUCCAAGAUCAACGAGAGUGGCUGCUUCGCCGGGGUGAUUCCGGGUUGGGGCACUGGCCAGCUUGUGGCUUUCACAUCAGCCCUCGUUGUGUCCUCAGUAUCUGAGACUUUUCAGACCCAAGAUCAAUUUGACAUGGUGAACGCCACGUAUAAGACGUAUCACCUGCGGGAUCAGACGUCCCAUGUCUUCAAGAAUGGGACAACCUACCUGUGCUUUCCCGCUGCUCCCAAGGGCACCUACUACAGGGUCUUCUCAUUUUUCCAGACAAAGACGCUACAUAAGAACGUACAAUUCAAUGCCAACGGGGAAAUGAGUAAUUCUAUUUUCCAGAAUGGUUCCUUCGCCGUUGAUCAUUUCAGUGCGAGAGGCGCGGAAACUGUUGUACGGUUUUGGGAGGAAAAUAUAUUGACGAACGGCGUGAAGGACCUUCUUAUCAAGGUCGGAAACUACGCAUGGGAGGACAGCUUGGAAAUUCUGGCUAAUAUCUCUUGGUCUCGGGAUUUUCCCGCCCGAUAUGAAAAGAAGUUUGGUCACAGCAUCAAGCCAUACCUUCCAUUGUUAACUUUCAGGCAAAAUAACCUUGCCCUGCAGCCAGCCCAGCCUGGAAAGUUCCAGUGUCUACUAGAAGACCAGGAGACCAGGCAACGAUACUUGAACAACUACCAUGAAAUCCUAGCAGAUGGCUAUCUUGCUUACGUGGACAGACUCAGCAGCUGGGUACGGAAUAACCUUCGCAAGGGAUACUCAGCUCAACCGGCGUACAACCUACCGAUGGACAUGCUACGCUCCAUUCCCUAUGUCGAUGCCCCGGAAUGUGAAAGCUUCGGAUUUAAAGAUGAUAUUGACCUGUAUCGCAGGUUCGUUGGUCCGGCCCAGCUGGGAGGAAAGAAGGUUAUCUCAAACGAGCUUGGCGCGCUGCUUAUGAUGGCUUACCAAUAUCCAAUUCCUCGGAUGAUUUUUUCCAUGAACCGCGGAUUUGUAGCUGGGAUCAACCAGUACGUGCUCCAUGGUGGCCAGUACACGGGGAAUUACUACCGCACCACGUGGCCCGGGCAUACCGCGUUUGCCUACCUGUUCUCUGAGCCCUGGUCGGAGAAGCAGCCUUGCUGGCGUCAUGGCUUUCAGGAUGUCAUGGACUGUGCCGCCAGGGUUCCUCACAUUCUCAGACAAGGCGUCCCCAAGGUCGAUGUCGCAAGGUACUCCAAGGAGAGUGUUACCAACAUUCAGUCAGGACAAACGCCCACCGAUCUGAUACAAAGAGGUUGGUCGUAUACUUACAUCUCCUCCGAUAACUUUGUUCUCGACGAAGCAUACGUCGAAGAGGGUGUACUUGCGCCUCGAGGGCCAGCGUGGCGGGCUAUACUGAUCGAAAGCUCCGAGAACCUCACGGUGGAGGCUGUAAAGGUGCUGCAGAGAUAUACAAUGGCGGGUUUGCCAGUUAUCUUGAGUGGGGGAUCGCCCGGUUUCUUUCCUUUCGCCAGCGACACUAAAGAAGAGUUUGACCGUGAAAUCUCGCAUCUUAAGUCUCUUCGGUUUGUUCACGAGGUGGAAAGUCUAGAUGCCGCCAAGCAACUCUCAUUGCUAGGUCUCUCGCCGCGCGUGGGGACAAAAACUAACGGAACAUGGUACACUUCCUGGACUGAAGCAAAGGGUGUCAACUAUGCUUUAGUAUACAGUGACAUGUCUUACUCAACAGGGGAAUUGAUCGUCUUCAGCUCUCAAGCACCGUUCUUCUUUGAUGCAUGGACUGGCAAGCGAUCACCGGUCCUCAUCUACAAACAGAGCAACGGCACGACAACCAUACCGCUAGCUCUAGCAGGAAAUCAAACAGUCAUUAUCGCCUUUAGCGACAAGCUUUCACAAGAACUACCCAGCCCAAAACGCCACGCUGUUUCCGUUCCAUCCAGCGUCGUAGGUGCUGUCGCCAACGGCCGGAACAGUGUCUCCCUCCACGUCACGCAUUCUACAAGCUUGCAGAACGCAUAUCUCUCUGACGGAAGCCAGCUGCUAAUCGACGGCACCUCCGUGCCUCCCGCCUUCCAGUUGAACAACUGGACUCUAGUCGUGGAGCACUGGCAAGCCCCCGACAACCUUACCGACGCCUCCGUCAUUGCAAAGAAACACAAUACAACCCACGAACUAAACAAACUGGUCACCUGGGACCGGAUCCCCGCCUUAACCAACGUAUCUGGGGUCGGCUACUACAAAGUGUCUUUCCACUGGGCCCCAACUUGGGGCGGGUGCAAGGGCUCGCCAAGUACAGGUGCUUAUCUAAACAUCGGCCGCAUCCUUCAUACGGCACGCCUGAUCGUGAACGGCCAGCAAACCCCUGCCUUGGACUACUUCAAGCCGGAAAUAGAUAUUUCUCAGUUCCUCAAGCUUGGCAGCAACGAGGUAGUUAUCAUCACGGCCACGCCGAUGUGGAACUACCUUAGCAGUAUCCUGCCGGAACUGCAGACCGCUGGGUCAGUUCCCAUUCCGGCGAGCAUGCGGGUACCGGUUCGUCCGAUCGAAGUUGGACUGGUUGGACCAGUAAUGAUCAUUCCAUUCGCGAGGCAUGACUUCUGA